ACACCCAGAGGGGUCUCCAAAGCAACAACGAUACCAAAACACACACACAAGGGAGAGACUGGAAAGAGAUGUCAUCAACCAGUAGCAGUUCCAGUAGCAGUAACAUUGGUGUCAGUGAUGUGUCCAGCUGCCCAACUCGAGCCAUCAAUGGACCCACCACACCCAGGAAAGGACCACCAAAGUUCAAACAGAGGAUGACCAGACACUUCAAGAGCAAACCGCCCAAGAAGGGAGUGAAAGGAUUUGGAGAUGAAAUCCCUGGAAUGGAGGGACUGGGGAAUGGAAAUGUCUUCCAGGUGUAUCCAGGCCUUUACUGGUAUCGCCUGUGGGCUGCAGGUGUGUGUCCGCCAUGUCUGGAACGUAUUUAA